CGAUAAAAAGACCAUCCGCAAGAUCUACAAACAUCGGCCAACGGCUUUUUUUGCGUCACGUACCCACCAUCCAUGUUAUUCUGCUGUUGUGUUACUUCUCAUUUAGGCCAAAUGCCUUGCAUGAACCCCUCUCGCGGCGGGGAAGCAUUGAUAACAAUCUGUGGUAUUGAUUCGCUGCAUGUACCUCAAUCUUUUACGGAGCAGCCAUUGGUCUUGUUAUCUUUCGGAUCGAUCGCUUUCGUUAUUUCUGUGGUUGUAGACUGUACUCAAUUUGGACAUUGAUUACGCCGUAGAAAUCACCCUGCACUGCAACGAUCUUAUGUCUAAACCUUUGGCACUUCAGGAACCGAACCAGAACGUGAACAUGUCUACGCAAAAGACCUGGCAGGAUCGAGUACUGGAAGCCCAAGAAUUUCGCCAUCAAGGCCUCGGCCUAGUUCAACCAGCCCUGUCAGGACUACCGGAUGUUUUACCACAAAACUCUACAAGUUUGCCCGUUGCAGUCCUAACACCAAGGGAGCUAGAACUCACAGAGAAGUAUACCGCUGUUGAGCUUCUGGAGAGGCUGCGAUCCCGGGAGGUUUCCUCCGAGGAAGUGACACGCGCUUUCCUGCGCCGAGCAGCUCUCGCCCAAUCUGCUACUAAUUGUCUCACCGACUUACUCUGGGAUGAGGCGAUCGAGAGAGCGCGUUAUCUCGACUCCCUGCCGGAGCCGUGUGGACCGUUACACGGGCUGCCGAUCUCCACGAAAGAGCACCAUGGUUCAAAAUCCGCCAACGGCACGGCUAACGCUUCGUAUGUAGCUUGGAUCGGCAAACCACAGGGCUCAAAUGUGCUCUACGACAUUCUCUGGGACUCUGGCUGCGUUUUUUACGCCCGCACCACGCAGCCACAGACAGUCAUGCAUUUGGAGACGAACAAUAACAUUUUUGGUCGCACAAUCAACCCGUACAACCGGAAUCUUACCAGUGGCGGCAGCAGUGGAGGUGAAGCUGCAUUGAUUGGCAUGCGUGGUAGUCUCUUGGGUAUAGGAGGAGACAUCGGUGGCAGCAUCCGUUGUCCAGCUGCACAUUGUGGCAUAUAUGGGUUCAAACCAUCAACGCACCGCUUGCCAUGCGCUGGCGUCGACGCAAUACACAUGAUCGGAACGGAGGCCAUCCUGCCCACCUUGGGACCUAUGGCAACUGAUCGCGAUUCACUAGAAUUGUUCAUGCGCACAGUGAUUGGGAUGAAACCAUGGCGGCUAGACCCGUCACUCUUUGUCAAAGAAUGGAGCCCACACAGCUUUGACCGCCCGCUGAAGAUCGCGGUGCAGUGGUGGGACGGUGUGGUCAAGCCCCAUCCUCCAAUGACGAGAGCGCUUCGUGAAGUUGCGGACGCGUGUAUUUCCGCAGGCAUGGAAGUUGUUGACUGGGACUGUGAAGAAUUGGACCAUCAGUUGGCUUGGGAGCUCACAGCAGCCCUGUACUGGCCAGAUGGAGGCGAAGAGGUACUUCGCCUCUUAGAGGAGAGUGGGGAGCCAAUAUUGCCUUUGACGAAAUUCAUCAUCCAAGAGCAGAAGAGUGUUGCCAAAUUAGAUAUGGCUGGGCUUUUCCAGCUCUGCGCCAGGCGGGAAGAAUAUCGAGCGCGAUAUGCGAGCCACUGGAAUAAUCUAGGCGGUAAAAAUGGAAGGGAGGUUGAUGUUAUCUUGUGCCCUCCUUCAUUUGGGGCCGCAACCCCCCAUGAUCAAUCGCGGUACUGGGGUUACACUUCGCAGUGGAAUCUCCUGGAUUACCCAGCUGUCGUUUUCCCCGUUUCCACGGUGGACCCCGAAAAGGACAAAAAGGACGAUGGAUAUAAGCCGAAGAAUGAACAAGACAGGUUCUGCUACGAGCUUUAUAGUCCUGAAAAAUAUCUAGAUGCACCAAUCAGUCUGCAAAUAGUUGGCCGGAGAUAUCACGAUGAGAAGGUUAUUGCUGCUUUAGCCGAGGUCGAACGCGCUUUAGGGAGGAAAUAAACAGCUAAGAGCAGCGUUUGGUAGUGUAAUUCGGCACUUUGAACUUUUCAGAUUGACUUCAUUGAGAAAUCGAGCAAUUAAUUCAAGUGACAAAAGCACUGUGGUUGUCCCCCAAACGCGUCGGAAAUUGAGGCUCUGGCCUGGAAAGAGCUUGAAGACCACCUUGAUGCCGGUGGCGGAGUGGAUUUUCGUUCAUAGUCGUGUAAGCAGUACACCAAGACCGUGCCAGUGUUGCAAGUAAGGUUCGAGGUAGAGCAUGUACCAAAAUAAAACUAAGAAUAGC